AUGGCCUUCGUGAAGCGUUCCCAGCUCGACUACAUCCUCCAAAACAGGUCGCUCAUCGCAGCGCAUAUGGAGAAGCACCAAACUCUCUGGCAGACGAGAGAUAACGAGGGGGAGCCAAGCACCCGGUCAAAUAUACGCGUCUAUGUUCGCGUGCGGCCUCUCUUAGCUCACGACAUCGACAAAGGAUGUUUCUCGCUGGCCGCUGUGCAGCCUCCGCAGACCAUCCACUUUACCCACCCUACACUAACUUGGAACGGGGGUCGAUUCGGCACCAAUACGUACGAAGCCGACCGCGUCUUCUCUUCCGACGAUAGCAAUGACGCGGUGUGGAAUGGGCUCGACCUGAACGCGGUCAUCAAGGACUCCUUUGCAAUGGGCGGGAAGGAGACUUAUGUUCUUGCCUACGGGCAAACAGGGUGCGGAAAGACUUUCACCUGCACAGCAGUCGAGGAGAAAAUCACAGACGCCCUCUUUCCUGCAGGGAAGUCGGAAACUGUCAAGAUAAUGAUCUCUGCCUUCGAAAUUCGGGGACAGAACUCCUAUGAUUUACUCUCCGAACCAGCAUUCGCCCCCGUGAGGAUCGUUAGCGCCAGAACGUCCGAUGUGCCGUACCCUGGUCUCACUGAGCACUCUGCCAACUCCACCGAAGAGCUUGCCGACCUGGUCAAGGCUGCCGGCACUCUCAGAACGACUCGGAGUACGAUGAAGAACGACACUAGUAGUCGCUCGCAUUCUAUCAUGCGCUUCCGGAUCAUGCAUGACGAUGGCCAAUCUUCCAGCAUAGUGGUUACUGACCUUGCAGGUUCGGAGCGUGGAAGCACACAAAGCCAAAACUCGGACCCCGAACGCGUCAAAGAGGCUAUCGAGAUCAACAAGUCACUCUCUGCACUGAAAGACUGCAUCCGUGCUCGCAUAUCUCCGUCAAGCUCUCGCGUACCAUGGCGCGAAAGCAAGCUCACUAUGGUAUUACAACGUGCAUUCGAGAGUUCCCAACCGACCGGGCCAUGUAACCAAAACGCCCACUUAUACGUUCUUGCGUGCGUGAGCCCGAGCGCAGCCGACUGUGAGGACACAGUCAACACGCUGAACUACGUCACCCCAUUCCGACUGAGCGGAAAGGACGCUUUGGAGGCAGCUAUAACUUCCAAGAGCUUGGGCGUCGCCAUCUUGGACGAUCCUCGAGCAUGGGACCAUGAAACCAGCAAGGCAUGGAUCACCCGCAAUCUGCCCAAGUUUGCCCCUGUUCUGCCAAGGAUACUUUCGCCGAAGGACACGUUACUGACUCUGAACGACAUGUCCGCUGCAGAGCUAUCAACGAGGAUAUCUAUUCCGGAGAAACCGGGAUCCGUCGAAGCCCGGGUUGUUUCACAAGCGAAGGCUAUCGUGCCGAGCUAUCAGACCGAGCUACAGCGAUUAUUGGCGAAUGCGGUGUCCUCGACCUUGUCAGCAGGGUCUAAAGGCCAGAAGGCCAGUAUCCGGGUUCUCGGAAGCACCGGUCAUGACGCUCGAGAGAGAGCGCUGAAAGCGAUCGAUGGUCGGGAUCCAAAUGCAAGAGAGACCGGUUUGGUUACGAGGAUUGAUAUGAAUGGGACUGUUUCGUCCAAAAAGCCGAUUUAGUGGUUCAUUCGAAGGCUGUGUUGCAGGUAGAUCGGAUCGGGAGGCUGUUAG